AUAAAGUAGUAAAAGGAAUCGGUUCCUUUGGCUUCUCCUCUCCUCUCCCCUCCCCUUGCCUUAAACCAUUAAUAAACCCCUUACCACUUGCCAGCGAAACAAAAAUAUCUGAAAUUUUGUGAUUUUUUUUAGAAAAAAGUGAAGUGAGAUGAGAAUUCAGUGCAACGUAUGCGAGGCGGCGGAGGCGGUGGUGCUGUGCUGCGCGGACGAGGCGGCCCUGUGUUGGGCGUGUGACGAGAAAGUCCACGCUGCCAACAAGUUGGCCAGCAAGCAUCAGCGUGUCUCGCUAUAUUCUUCUUCUUCUUCCCAUAUUCCUAAAUGUGACAUUUGUCAGGAAGCAUCUGGGUUUUUCUUUUGUUUGCAAGAUCGAGCAUUACUGUGCAGAAAAUGUGAUGUUGCUAUACAUACAGCAAAUCCUUAUGUAUCUGGUCAUCAAAGAUUUCUGCUUACUGGAGUAAAAGUUGGUCUUGAAACAACAACUGACCCCGGUGCAUCGUCUUCUGAUGUCAAAUCACCUUCUAGUGAAAAGACUUCAGAGACUAAAACUAAUUCUAUAUCUAGAAGGGGGGCUCCUAUGGCAUUUACUGGUGGAUACAAUGUCAAUGAGGUCCUACCAUCAAAUAUUGGAGACGGGAACAAUGAGCUGACAAAAGUAACAUACGCAGGGGGUUCUACACCCGGAAGCAUACAGACAUGGCAAAUGGAUGAUUUAUUUGGGCUGACUGACUUUAAUCAAAGCUAUGGUUACAUGGACGAUGGGUCAUCUAAGGCUGAUGGUGGCAAGAAUGGAGAUUCUGACAGUUCAUCAAUCUUGAGAUCUGUUGAUGACGAGUUGGACGAUGACAGGCAUUUGGGUCAGGUGCCAGACUCGUCAUGGGCUGUACCACAAAUGCCUUCGCCUCCUACAGCCUCAGGGAUGUAUUGGCCGAAAGAUUCUCGCAAUCAAUGUGAUAGCGUGGUUUUUGUUCCCGACAUAUGCUGCUCAGUUAUGAAAAACCCUUUCAAUUCAAGGCGUACCGGCUCCUACCCGAAACGCCGGCGACAUAUUUAGAAUCAUCUGGUAAACUUAAAAUGCACAAGUUGGUCUUCCCACAGUUCCAAAUCCACCUUCUCAGGUGUGCUUACAGCCUAUUAUCUAUAUAGGCUUCUAUCCUUCCAUGCAUCGGCUUGAACUACUUGCUUCCAGUGUGGGCUAAGCCGCUUUUUUUCUAUGUUGAAAUCAUUGUCAUCCUGCCGUUGAUAUUUUGGUUGAUAAAACGAAAAACCAGAACAAAAAGGUGUACUAGAAAAAAGCUUGUUAAACGUAGUAGUUAAUGUCAGUUUCUAUUAA